AUGGCAGACUGAAACGGUCCAAUGGCAGACUGAAACGGUCCAAUGGCAGACUGAAACGGUCCAAUGGCAGACUGAAACGGUCCAAUGGCAGUCCAAUGGCAGACUGAAACGGUCCAAUGGCAGACUGAGAGAGGCAACAAAAGGUGUUUUGACUGGACUGAUUUUAUACUGGUAACCAGUGAGGACAUACUGGACUGAUAUGAUAUAUGACUUGUCUUUAUUGUCCUGACUCUGUAAAGGUGGUACGUCUAUUUUGAAAACCCUGACUCUGUGUUUCCUCUUCCUGUCACAGACCCCGUGUUAAACUACCUGAUGAAAGGCCUCAGAGAGAAAUCUCUGGCGUCGGCAGCAGCGAAGGCAAUCCACAACAUCUGUUCAGUGUGCAGAGACCACAUGGCUCAACACUUCCAGGGUCUACUGGACAUCGCUCGGGCCCUGGACUCCUUCGUCCUGUCGACCGAGGCCGCUGUUGGACUGCUUAAAGGUACAGCUCUGGUCCUGGCCCGCCUUCCUCUGGAGAAGAUUGCAGAAUGUCUCAGUGACCUGUGUGCUGUUCAGGUCAUAGCUCUAAAAAAGCUUUUGACUGAGGAAUCUACGAAUGGUAAAUCAGCUGAUCCCACCGUCUGGCUCGACAGACUGGCUGUUAUCUUCAGACACACAAAUCCUAUUGUAGAGAACGGACAGACUCACCCCUGUCAGAAGGUCAUUCAGGAGAUCUGGCCAGUGCUGUCGGAGACUCUGAACACUCAUCAGGCUGAUAACAGGAUCGUGGAGCGAUGCUGUCGCUGUCUCAGGUUCGCUGUACGAUGUGUCGGGAAAGGCUCCGCCUCCCUGCUGCAGCCACUGGUCACUCAGGUGAGACUCACCUGGACCUGUUUGUUUUCCUGAUUUGUAAUGAGUAGGACUGAUUAGAUCUCACGAUUAAUCGGUGAUAUUAGCGUCUUUUAUAAUUAGUUACAUUGCAUCUGUUAGUUCAGGUGAUGAAUCUAAACCCAGAAAGAACACUAAAAAAACGUGUAUAUAUGUAUGUGUG